AUGACAACAGUUGGAGCCACGGAAAAUAACGAGUGCGCUGAAAUCCCUCAAAUUUGCACAAAAUCACAAGAAUCAAGCUAUAACAUUACCGAAGGCGGAGAGGAUGAGUGGUUGAUUUCUAUAAAGAGCUAUGUUAACGACACAACAGAGAAACCCCAAAUAGAAAGGGUUCCAUCACUGAUGCGAGUGAUCAAAUCAAACAAAGAUUGUUAUGAUCCUCUCGUAGUUUCGAUCGGCCCUUAUCAUCAUGGAAAGCCAGAGCUAGAAGCAUUUGAGAAGCUAAAGAUUCCAAUCGCACAGAAAUUCGUUCGUGCCUGUGGUAAUCAAGUAUCCAUCGAACAGUUAUACGAAGAGGUGGCAAUGGUGGGUGCAAGUGUCCGCAAAUGCUAUGAGAAAGACUCGACUGGUUUUGAUGACAAUAAGUUCAACAGAAUAAUGUUUCUUGAUGCUUGCUUUGUGCUUUAUGUUUUGUGCACUAACUUACAAGAAGAGGAACAAAACGAAGUUACUGAACGACUGGUUAAGAGUUUCUACUCUGUGUUGAGGGACUUGCUCUUGCUAGAGAAUCAAAUUCCUUUACUAGUACUAAAAGUUCUGUUGAAAUUCAGGGUUCGAAGAGAAAAAGACCAGACAUUAUUUAAACAGAAGUUCCUCGAGCCGUACAUCUUAAUGCCACCUCAGGGAAAUUCAUGCACUAAUGCUGUCAAGAAAUUUCUUGCACAAAUGAAGGGAUGCUGCACUACAAGUGAUCAAGAAAUGAAUAAAUGGAAAUUAGAGUUGGAUUCAAGCCCUCACCUUCUACAUCUACUGCGGGAACACUUCAUCAAACCAUAUAUGUAUGAAAUCCAAAACAAGAACACAUUUGUCCAAUGGGAAUCGUAUCGUUCAGUGGCGAAGGUAGCAGACAGUGUUCGUGAAUGCUACGAAGAAGGCUUCAUCGGAAUGAUGCUUCUUGAUGGUUGCUUCGUCAUUCAGUUCAUAUGCAUCUUAACAAAUACAGAAAGUAAUAGUUCUAAUAAUACAGAAACAGAACCAAAAGAAGGUGAUUUGAUAUUGGAGACAAAGUGUUACCUCACCUUAUUUUUGAUGCUAAGUAGCAGAUUGAAAAGUACUGCAAGAAUAAAAGCUGAGUAUGAAUGCACAACCAUUUUAGCAGGGGAAACCCGACAGUACCGAAAAGAGGGUGCAUUUUUUGCUAUUGCACUGAACCUAGCACAUACAUAUUUAGCUGUUUUCCCACGUAAACUCUCGUAA